GUGCGCGCCGGGCCGACAGCCGCCCCCCGCGAAGCUUCGCUGGGUCCCCGCGGCUUCUCUCCCCUCAGGGGCGGAACCACCUCGCGGCCUUUCCUCGGCGUGCGGAGGUUUCCUGAGGACGGCCGGGACCGAUUUGGGCCCGGAAGAGCCCGGCGCUGGCGUCGAACGCCGCCGGCCUCACCGGCUCCCGCAGCGGCCUGGGAGCGCCGCGGGGCUGAGCCUCGAACCCCGAUCCCCGGGCCGGGCGGGGCCUGCACAUCCGGCCCCACCCACCCGGGGUCUCGCCUCCGCAGAGCCCAGCCCCCUCCCGGCCCGGGCGUCCGCCCCCGCCCACCCUUGCUUCAGUUCCCCAGAUUUUCUCCCAAUCCCCUGCCCUGGGUCUUGGACACUGAACUAAAGAGAUGCACCCCGGAAAACCCCAUCUUCCUUGGAGGAGAGGCCGGGUUUGGGACCUUAGGGUACACAUUCACCAUUUCAAGCGCCUAGGAUAGAUUUGAUUAAUGAGCCUGGGGUACCCUCUUCCUGCUGACACUGCCGUUUUUCACGUCCCUACCCUCCCACACUUCCAAAAUCAUUAAGCAGGGAGCGUUCUGAGGAUUGGGUUAUUUGCGUCUACUUUGAGCUAGACGUAAGGUUGACCCGGGGUUAGAGCAUGGAUGCAUCCCUGGACCCUCAGAUGGACGCACCCCUGGAGGUUGAGGGAUGCUUAAUAAUGAAAGUAGAAAAGGACCCCGAGUGGGCAUCGGAGCCCACUCUGGAAGGAUCGGAGAGCUCUGAAUCUGAGACCUUUCGCAAAUGCUUCAGGCAAUUCUGUUACGAGGAUGUGACUGGACCCCAUGAAGCUUUCAGUAAACUCUGGGAACUUUGCUGCCGGUGGCUGAAGCCCGAAAUGCGUUCCAAGGAGCAGAUCCUUGAGCUGCUGGUGAUUGAACAGUUUCUCACCAUUUUGCCCGAGAAGAUUCAGGCGUGGGCUCAGAAACAGUGUCCGGAAAGUGGAGAGGAGGCGGUGGCCCUGGUAAUACAUUUGGAGAAAGAGACUGGAAGACUAAGACAGCAGGUUAGCAGUCCUGUGCACUCAGAGAAGCAGGUACCACUGGGAGCAGCAUGGGAGGUAACGGACUUUCAGCCAGAGCAGGUGGAGACCCAGCCCAGACUGGUGUCUCUGGAGGAAGCUGGAAGCCUCCGCUCAGGACGGGAGGAGCAGCUGAACUGGAAGAGAGAGCAUCGGCCCUUACCCAAGAAUGCUCGGCCUUCUCCCUGGCUUCCUGUCCCUGCUACUGAAUGGAACAACAUAGGUCAGGAAGGAACAACCACACCAUUACCUGUUGUGUCUCAGGGGCCGGUGAAAGAUGUCCGCGUGGCGAGAGGCUUUUCCUACAAAAAGAGCGUACAUCAGAUUCCCGUUCACAGAGACCUGUACCGGGAUAUUAGGAAAGAGAGUGCUGGGAAUAUGGUCUCCCUGGGAAGUACCGUGUCCGUGUCUAACAAGAUUGCCCGGUUGGAGCAAAGAAAGGAGCCAUGGACCCUAGGUGUACACUCUUCUAACAAAAGGAGUAUUCUCCGAAGCAACUACAUCAAGGAAAAGCCGGUUCACGCGACUCAGAUCCCCGCGCGCAGUGCGGGGCGAAUGUGGGGCGAGCAGCAGCACUGGGGUUUGGAGGACGAGAAAAUAGCAGGCGUGCACUGGAGCUAUGAGGAGACGAAGACGUUCCUCGCGAUUCUCAAGGAGUCUCGCUUUUAUGAAACGCUGCAGGCUUGUCCCCGGAACAGCCAGGUGUACGGGGCCGUGGCCGAGUGGCUGCGCGAGUGCGGCUUCCUCCGGACGCCGGAGCAGUGCCGGACCAAGUUCAAAAGUCUCCAGAAGAGCUACCGGAAGGUGAGAAACGGCCACGUGCUGGAACCCUGUGCCUUCUUUGAGGACAUGGACGCCCUGUUGAACCCCGCAGCCCAUGCUUCAGCCGCUGAUAAGCCAAAGGAGAUUAUCUCUCUCCCCAGACUGAAGAGAGUUGAUGUCAAUGCUAAAGAACAGACCAGUUUGUUGGAGGAGGAGGAAGCCGCAGAGGCAUCCGAUGGUGACGAGAGGGGUGUUGCGUUCAUCCGGAAGUCUGAGAUUCGUGGCGCCCCUGUCUUGUUCCAGAACCUGAGCGGUGUGCACUGGGGCUACGAGGAAACCAAGACUUUUCUUGAUAUCCUGCGGGAGACUCGGUUCUACGAAGCCCUCCAAGCCUGUCAUCGGAAGAGCAAGCUGUACGGGGCCGUGGCUGAACAACUCCGGGAGUGCGGCUUCCUCCGGACGCCGGAGCAGUGCCGGACCAAAUUCAAAAGCCUCCAGAAGAGCUACCGCAAAGUGAAAAACGGUCACGUGCUGGAGUCCUGUGCGUUCUACAAGGAGAUGGACGCGCUGAUCAACUCUCGGGCCGCUGCCCCUUCCGCCGACACUCCAGAAGAAGUCCCAUCACCCUCAGGGCAAGAGAGAGAGGAGGUUGAGAUGGAGUCCCAGGAACCCACAGGUUGGGAACCCGAGGAGACCUCACAGGAGGCAACGGGAGAAGAUUCUGGCAGUGAGAGAACGAGUGAGGAGGAAAUCGUACACGAGUCGGAAUUCCAGGGGCCCCCGGGUCUACUGCAAAGCCCGAGCGAUUUUGAAAUUGGACGUAGUAUCAAGGAGGAUGCAACACAGGUAAUCUACAAGGACAUGGAACAGCAUCGGGCACUGAUAGAAAAGUCUAAGAGGGUUGUUUCCCAGAACGCUGAUCCAGGUAAAUACCGGAAAAGGGAAUGCAUCUCAGGAAGACAGUGGGAAAGCCUUCAAGCGGUCAGGCAGGGAAAGCUGAUGUCUCAGCCUCGAGAUUUAGGGAGAGCCGCAGCGCAUCCGAGGCCUUUGGUGGGGAGGAGACCCUACCGGCUUCUCAAAUACGGAGACGGCUUCGGGAGGAAUGCUCGUCUGAUGUGCCGGGUCACCCACCAGAAGGAAAACCCUUACCAGUGCGGUGUCUGCGGGAAGUGCUUCGGCAGGAGCAGGAGCCUAAUCAGACACCAAAGAAUCCACACGGGAGAAAAGCCGUUCAAGUGUCUUGACUGUGGGAAAAGCUUUAACGACUCCUCCAACUUUGGUGCCCACCAGAGAAUCCACACGGGGGAGAAGCCCUACAGGUGCGGAGAGUGUGGAAAGUGCUUCAGUCAGAGCUCCAGCCUCAUCAUCCACCAGAGGACGCACACGGGAGAGAAGCCUUAUCAGUGCGGGGAGUGCGGGAAGAGCUUCACCAACAGCUCCCAUUUCAGCGCCCACCGCAGGGUGCACACUGGCGAGAACCCCUACAAAUGUGUGGACUGCGAAAAAAGCUUCAAUAACUGUACGAGGUUUCGCGAGCACCGGAGGAUACACACCGGAGAGAAGCCCUACGGCUGUGCCCAGUGUGGCAAACGUUUCAGUAAGAGCUCUGUCCUCGCCAAGCAUCGGGAGGUUCAUUCCAGAGAGAAGCUUCUGCCACACCCACCGCCCGCCUGUGCCCUGGAGAGCCCGCCUAAGGGAAAGACUGAUGACUUCAGGAAAACGUUUUGACGUUGACGUCUCCUCCUCCUAACGUGCCCCUUUAGUCGUUUCACCCGAUCUCAUCCUCGGAAGCGAUCUUUUCUUAGCUCGGGAGGGUGAUUCCCGAGGCCAGCUUGACAAUGUAAAUAAACCAAGGGCCUGCCUCGCGUCCUCACCUCUGCCUCUGACUUGACCUAUCCGUUCCUCUCCUUCUGUGCGUCUCAACGUCUCCCUUGACCAAGUGGGGAGGACAUCUGUCAGGAUUCAGAACGGCGGCCCCUUCGGCAUGUCAAGGCCUCUGCUGCGGGACUGCCUAGUCCAGCAACAUUCAAGGUCCCUCCGCGCUGUGAAAGUUGUUUCCGAGCAGACCCGGCCUGCCGGAGGUUUCCCGUUGUCCACCACGUGGGAUCCUGGAUGCAACUUGAUCCCAGAUUUCUUUUGGGGGUAGAACUUUCAGGAGUCUGAUCAGGAUGACAUCGCAUGCAUCUUGGUUUUGAAGGCAGUCGUUAAGGAGAUUGAGCCCCCUUCAGAAGUCUGUUGCAAUUGCGCCCUUUUGGUGGCCGGUUGACCCACAGAGCGAGGGUGGAGGUUCUGCCACUGAAACCACGUUACUGCCCCCUCACCCUCCGUGGAGACGAGAAGCAACCCACCACCCACCAGGCUGACCUUUUCUGCACCUGAAGACUGAACCCCUCUGCCCCCGGCUGCGGUUUCUCCAGCCUCUACGUAAUUAUCCGGUUCCUUUUACCAUUUCUUGUAAGUCCCACACUUACCUCUUAGUUGUUCCGGGUGCUCUUAUCUGACUCUCCUGAACUACCGGGCCCUCUCCAGAUUGAACAGGAUGCAUGCCUGUGGUGUGUGGCAUUAACAUAAAGUAGAAUCUUCAUUCAGACACGUUCUGCCCUCCACCUGCUCUGGGUCUUACCUAGAACGCGACUGGCAUGUUGGCACAUUUUAUGCCUCCCAACCCCACGGCUUAGUAUGACAUUACAUAAUAAUAGUUUUCUAAAACUUUAAGAGGUUAGGGAGGAAGUGAGGUAGAAACCGGAAACAUUCUCUAACAGCAGUCAGACCCCUUGGGCCUGCUGUAGAUCAGAUCCCCACCUCAUUCAGAGCACCACCUCCAGGCUGUUUGUUAAAUACACCCUCCGUCUCUGAGGCUUCUAGUCCCUGUUCCUAGGGUCAUCAACCUAACUGUAGAGCCCGGAGUAAUUUAUAUACUCUGUAGCUUACUGAGUGAAAAGUGGAAAGAUGUGCAGAAACUUCCAAUCCAGAACACUGUUGUUUUCCUCGUUUACCUGUAGGUCUGAGAAAUCUCUUCAAUAACCCCCUCACACUAGCCCAACGGGUAUUGAAGGAAAAGUCAAAAUGGGGAGGUGGGGGUGGGAAGGGAGGUAAUUAAUUCAUUCCUGGAAGUUACAGGUGAAACCAGGGAACCUGGUCAUCCAAGGCUGGUUCCUCCAGGAUGAGACCAGUGACAUUUAUACUCUUAGUACAUAGGCAACCUGGGGCAGCUUUGGCUUAGGGAAGGGAAGUCCUGACUUUAGUGGAAGGACAGCCAGAGUCAGGGCUGUGUAGAGAUUAUACUUUUGAUCUUACCUCCUCUCCCGUGUCAGGUGUCCUCUUACUUGGAGACAUCUGGAGAUCAUGUUUUUCCUUUGAGGACGUUUGAAUCUUUCCAAGCCUGUUCAGCAGAAUACCAAGGAGGGUGGGCGGUGUAGAAAGACGUCGAGUUCGUGGUGCCAGAAUAGGGUGUGGCCUGCCAGAAGGCAGGUGACUCAGGUACAUAUUGAUAGAUGUUUCUGAUUUACAUUGGUUGGAGAUGUUACGAUUGUUCACACCUCAGUAGGUUGACUUCCUGCGUGUGGUCCGAGUUAUAGACUUUUAAUGGUGAGUGCAGUGUCUUGUCGGUAGUGUGCCUAGCACAGUAAGACGCGUGCGUGCCCGUGGGCGUGUGCUGAUAGUGCGUAGAUGCUCUGGAAUCCCAGUGCUAGAGAAGAUGCACAUUGAUAGGAAUCACCACUUAGCGAUGUGUACACAGGACUGAUAACUAUAUUGAAGCAUGAUUCAGGAAAGUAGAUGAUUUAUUCAUACGUAUUUAUUAAGUACUGCUAUGUGUAAGGCCGUCUCCCAGGCACAGUGAGGGGAUGCGAAAGUGGAAGAAGACAUGGUGCCCAUGCUCCAGGAACCUGCAGUCUGACAGAGGAAGUGUCGCGGCAAAAGGUCAUUAGUGUCGGUUACCUUCGUGUCACUUGCCGAAGGUCAGUGACUCGACUGUGAGAAAAUCACUUUCACCUGCAAAAGAGUUUUUCCAAAUUGCCCCAAAUUGUACCUGCGCCUCUCAGACGUGCCCGAUGGCGGGAAGGGUGCAGGAUUCAUUCCAUCUCGAGCAGAACACGCCGGUCCUGUGGAAGUCUCGUACGUCUGGGGUCACGCCGAGGUGGAACCGGGGUUCCCCUACCCGUAUUCCUGAUGGUAAAUGGGCUGUUUGGACAUGGGUUAAACUGACUUCCUGAACUCUGUCUCUGUUCUGAGGAAAUAGAAGGUCCCACCCACCAUCUUAGACCAAGACAUCUUGCAUUCUGUCUUUUUCCAACUGGAGCAUGAAAGUCAAAAUGAGUAGUGAUGUGUCUUUUAUAUCACAUUACAUUGCCUUUAUGAAGAUCCAUAGGAAAAGGUUUUUUUCUGGGUCUCGGUACCAGGGAAAGCUCUGAUCCUAAGCAGAAAAAAAAAAAAAAAUACAAACACUGUGAUUUUUAUAACUUCUUCCUUUUCUCUCUCUGUUCCGGCUGCUGGAAAGCUCAACAAAAUAUACAGGCCACCUCAGCCAACUACCUAAAACCCGUAUUUGUUUGACCCUACUGUGUUUCUUUAAAAAUUAUGCCCAGUCCUAUUUUUUUAGAGUAGUUUGAAUUAGUAGACAUUUUAUUCUCUGACAUCUUAUCCAAGGCACUUUGGAAACUGGCUUGUAUUCCCUGCCUACACUUGCUUUGUUACCCCCACAAAUACCUCCAGUUCCUACUGGUGACUUUAUUACCCAUAUGCCCUAAUUUAUUCAUAAACCUUCUUUGAAGAGGGAAACUUCACACAUACGCUUAAGCCCCUCAGGGCCACCUGCCCCAGGCGACUGAGCAUUAGACCAGAAACCAAAAGGGACACGUUUUAGUCUUGUCGCUAUCACUGAGUGUCGUGUGACACAUCUCUGCCUCUCUGGCCCGUGUUCCUUAUCUGGAGACACGUUGAACUUGAUCUGCAAGACUGCUCUGGCUCUAAUGUUUAGUGAGAUGACGGGGCACAGUGUGGAUGAGGAAGAGGUCAUAAGGCCAGGUGCCCAGCCUGGCCCACCACGGCGUGCGACGUGCAGGCCACACAGAACCGCUGCGUGCUUUGGGAAGAGGGGUGCCGGGAGCCCGCGCGGUGCGGAGAAAGGCCAGGUCACUCGUGUCCACCAGCAGGCAGCCCCCGCAGCUCCCCCCCUCGGUAGCCAGUGGCAGGUGGCUGCAGUGACGGAAGCGGUGUGGGAGGUCUGGCGGCCGGGCCGGGCCGGGCCGGACUGGGCUGUGACGAGUGGGGGCAGUCCCCAAAGCAAGGAGUGCCGGCCGCCCGUGCAGCUGUUCGCUCGGCCGCCGAGGGUGUUCCACCUGUCAGCGUGCGUCUCUUCGUUGUUCUGUAUCCGCGUUCGCUUAGCUGUCUUCUUGAAAACUUGUCUGUGAAAUAAAUGUCUCAAAUAAAUGA